GAGGUAGUGCUAACUCCCGAGCUGAGCAGGACCCAAGCCAAGAGGCGCCUGCCACGCUGCAGGCAGCGCGGCGGCAGCGGUAUCUGCGAAAGCGAAAAGACAAAUCUGCAGCUGAGCACGAGAAUCCCCUGAAUCCCGGCCAUCGAAUCAGAACUUUCAAAGGUAGCGCUGCGACGGGCCCUCCUUGUCCGCCUAAGUCCUCGUGCACCACAGGGCUUUGCCUUUCCCGCCGCAGGAAGGGGAACUAGCAGUCGCAAACUGGAGCCGGUGCAGAAAGGCGGGUUCUCUUACUUCCUAGCGCAGGGAACCGGCGGGACUACUUAGCGCCUUUCAGUUUAACGCAGACUACACGCGCCUCCGGAUUCUGAACUCAAAUGCUUCCAGAAACUGAAACGUGGAGGAAAUCAAAGCCACGAAGGUCGGGCAGACAGAGCAUCUAGAAGUCUUUAUUCUCUGAGCGCCAAGUCUGCUUGCAAGGAGAGUUCUGCGCAGGAAGAGACUUCUUCCCUCCUGUCUGGCUUAACCAGGAUCCCGAGCCUCAGGUGCCCGCCACAGGACCUGGCUGCAAAGCGGGUGGUGUGCGCAGAAGGGAGGGCUUUGCCACGCACCUGCGAAAUGGACAGCGCCCUCCCCGUGGAGUCGGACCUCUUCCCGAAUAUCUCCACCAACACCUCAGAACCCAACCAGUUCGUGCAGCCAACCUGGCAAAUUGUCCUUUGGGCAGCUGCCUACACGGUCAUCGUGGUGACCUCUGUGGUGGGAAACGUGGUGGUGAUGUGGAUCAUCCUGGCCCACAAGAGAAUGAGGACAGUGACCAACUACUUUCUGGUGAACCUGGCCUUCGCGGAGGCCUCCAUGGCUGCGUUCAAUACAGUAGUGAACUUCACCUACGCUGUCCACAACGAGUGGUACUAUGGCCUGUUCUACUGCAAGUUCCACAACUUCUUCCCCAUCGCUGCCGUCUUUGCCAGUAUCUACUCCAUGACAGCUGUGGCCUUCGAUAGGUACAUGGCCAUCAUCCACCCCCUCCAGCCCCGGCUAUCAGCCACAGCCACCAAAGUGGUCAUCUGUGUCAUCUGGGUCCUGGCCCUUCUGCUGGCCUUCCCGCAGGGCUACUACUCAACCACAGAGACCAUGCCUGGCAGAGUCGUGUGCAUGAUCGAGUGGCCCAACCACCCCGACAAGAUUUACGAGAAAGUGUACCACAUCUGUGUGACCGUGCUGAUCUACUUCCUCCCCCUGCUGGUGAUCGGCUAUGCCUACACAGUAGUGGGGAUCACGCUGUGGGCCAGUGAGAUCCCCGGGGACUCCUCUGACCGGUACCACGAGCAGGUGUCUGCCAAGCGCAAGGUUGUCAAGAUGAUGAUCGUCGUGGUGUGCACCUUCGCCAUCUGCUGGCUGCCCUUCCACAUCUUCUUCCUCCUGCCCUACAUCAACCCAGACCUCUACCUGAAGAAGUUUAUCCAGCAGGUCUACCUGGCCAUCAUGUGGCUGGCCAUGAGCUCCACCAUGUACAACCCCAUCAUCUACUGCUGCCUCAAUGACCGGUUCCGCCUGGGGUUCAAGCAUGCUUUCCGGUGCUGCCCCUUCAUCAGCGCCGGAGACUAUGAAGGUCUUGAAAUGAAAUCCACCCGGUAUCUCCAGACCCAAGGCAGUGUGUACAAAGUCAGCCGCCUGGAGACCACCAUCUCCACGGUGGUGGGGGCCCACGAGGAGGACCCUGAGGAAGGCCCCAAGGCCACACCUUCAUCCCUGGACCUGACCUCCAAUGGCUCCUCUCGCAGCAACUCCAAGACCGUGACAGAGAGCUCCAGCUUCUACUCUAACAUGCUGUCCUAGGCAGCGGGCCCUGCAGCAGGUGUGGCCUUGCUCACCUCUGUCCUGUUUCAUUCACGCAUGAGUACCUCCUUGAUUUGGAAACCAUCAGAAACACCCUAACAUUGGAGGUUUUGGGAAGGGCCAGAAUGGUUUAGAAAAAGCAUCCCAUCCUAAAAUCGAUUUGGAUUCACCCAUGGCAUUGCCAGCCCCCAUGCUGUGUGACCUAAGGCAAACAAGUGAACUUCUCGAAAGCUGUAAAAAAAGAAUCUUAAAUUAGAUUUUCUUUAUGAUUCAUUCUAUGAUUCUAGAAGUGACUUGGACAGCAUGUGGGUACUCCUUUAAGGAUGAAUUCUGCAGCACAGUAGCAGAUCCAACAGAUCUGUUUGCCUGGAGCCUUUGUCUUAUUCAGUAAAGUCAUUCUCAGCCAUCCUCAGAUUAGUGCCCUUCAGCUGGUGGUUCAUAUCACUCCAGCCUUCCGUUGACAGGGUGAACAGAAGAAUGUGUUGCAUAAAAUCUGCAUGGAAGAUCUAACCUCAUCUCUUAAGCACCCAUGGAAAAAAGACAUGUCUGCCCCUAUUUGAUAUCUCAAUAUUUCAUUCAGUUCAUUUAAACAUGAUGGGACUGAGAGCCUCAGGCUCUUCUGCAUUAAGUCCCCCGUGGCCACCCUGAGCAAUCCGUGCAGGCAGAAUGUGUCUACUGAUGCCAGCUAAUGUGUAUUCUGACUGAGUCAGGAGGCACUUGCUAGGCUUAAUCUAUCUGAUCCUCUGUCCUUUUGCAUAAAGCAACGAGGCUGAACUAAAUCAUCUAAGUGUGCCCUAGAAUCUCAGUGCUUUAUGGCUCAGUGAUUGUAUACAUUUUUGUUUGUUUGUUUGUUUGUUUCACCAAAAAAUAGUAGUCACGAAGUAGGAGCAGUGACACCCAUCUCCUGGAGAUACAACAACUGAUAAAACAUGUAAAUAUCCAUCUCAGACAUUCUUCCAUUUACCCUAAAACCCUGAGUACAUUCCUCCUCCCAAAAGAUCUUGGCCUUUGGCAGAGCAGAGGACUUCGUGACAAGGCCUACAUCUCUCCAGCAGGCUUGUGCAGGUGAGCAGCUUGAGAACACCACUGAGGAACAUCAGCAUGUAGUCUUCCUUCUCUGGCCUUUCAGUAUCUUAGGGCAGAGGCACUACCCAGAUUCUUAUCUUUGUGCUAGCAAAAGGCAUGUGGUCAGAAGCCUGUAAAGUGAGACUGCUACACCCUGCAGGUGAACUUCUGGGAUGAGGCAACUUGUAUUUUCCCUCAGUCUCUGAGUAUCCUCUUCCUGUCCCAUAGCUUUGCUGGUCUCCUGUGCAUAAGGGGUAGAGUGACCUACCAACCCCAAGGGAUACUUAGUCCAUCAAGGACAUGAGCUGAAGACUUCCUGUCCCAAUACAGCUCUGGGGUCUCCAGCAAGUGAACACGCAGUUUCUUUCUGACUCCCAGAUCUGUGUCUUAUCCAGAUGUGGCCGGAAGCAAAAGCUUCAUAUGACAUCCAUGAAUGUCUUCCUCAGAGUUGGAAUACCGGAUGCAUCCAUAAUGUUAAGGGGGGAACAAUGCCACCUAUAGGGCUUGCAGCGCACACCUAGAGGAAGGUGUAUAAAAACAGUAUAUGCCAGAAAAAAACUUGAGGACCAUUAUCUGCAAAGCAAUAUGAGAUGUAUCAAAUACACUAAAGAAAGCCAGACUAUGCAGAUCUAUGAGUGUGAACCUAAAUUUAGGGGCAACAAAAUUCCAUGCCUAAAGCAUUAAUUGUACUUCCAAUAGAGAAUUGUACUUCCACUAGAGAAAUGUGCCAUAUGCAGACGUUGAGAAUCGACGUGAUCCUGAGAAGCAUCUAAAAAGGAAGUGUAUAGAGGUGAGGACAAUGCUCACCAUCUGCAGAGAAGAAUGUUAGAGUUGAGUUCAACAAGGAUUCAUUAAGCACCUGCUCCAGACUGAGGCAUGAGCCAGGGACACACAACUCCUGACACUGUGGACAAGCUCAUGGGACCUGCCACUCCUAACUUACUGGUCCUGGUGAAUCCGGCUGCCUAGCAGGGAUGAAGGCAUCUGAGAAGCAGAUUCUUCCCAGGGCAAUGAAGCCAAAGACCGGGACAUUCUGAGAGCCUUUGCUCUGAGAGUUCUCUGAGACAUUCCAAAGGGAGCUACCAGUCAGUCCAUGGGCCUAAGGGAUAUGGCUGAACAGUAUCAUCUCUGUGAAUGAUAACAGGGAGCAUGGGAUGGCUCUGGACAGCUUUGAAUGCAGCAAAAAAUCAGAGAGUGCCAGCAAAACUUCUCUGGCCUCACUCUCCAACAUCCAUUUAAUUUGUAAAUAUGUUGUCAGGCCUCCGUGUGUGAGGAACACCAUGAUUUGCACUGUGCAUGGAUCUCAUUCUUAGUAUAGAGGUGUGUUGUCUGUGUUUAUCUCCUCAGUGUGUUUCCUUGGUGUACUGCCCAAUAGUAAUAAAAUAACAGACAUGA